UUCCUUUGGCCGAUGACCCUCUACUCACCCCAACGGACCGCUCCUUGAGAAACGCCCGGGGGGUUAAAGCUUCCAACUUUCCACAGGCAAGUCCUGUGCCUGCCCCUACCGCUCGAUCUUCCUCGAUUCGCCAAUCCCUCGACACCUGCUGUCACAAGCCCGACAUGCAGAAAGACAUCCUCGAUGACAUCUCGCACCGGCGAUACAAUCCCCUGAGAGGGUCAUGGGUCCUCGUGUCCCCUCAUCGAACGAAAAGACCGUGGCAAGGUCAGAAAGAGGAGCCGAGCAAGAACGUCCUACCGACAUACGAUCCCUCGUGCUAUCUAUGUCCUGGAAAUAAGCGAGCUCAAGGCGAUUCAAAUCCUCAAUACGAGAGCACAUUCGUCUUUGUCAACGACUAUUCCGCAGUGAAAGAGGAGCAGACGGAGUACCACCCGCCGAAGGAGAAUGGAACACUUGCUUCUCGAUUACUACGAGCGGAAGGCACGACUGGAAAGUGCUAUGUCAUUACAUUCUCCCCCGAACACAACCUCACUCUCGCGGACAUGCAGCCGCAGGACAUAAUGCCAGUGAUCAAUACCUGGACCAAGAUCUACACAUCACACCUCGAUCCCCACUCGCCUCUGCUGAGAGCGACAGGCUCAAUGUCAAAUGGAAACGGCAUACAUACGCCAACGCAGCAAUUCCGGUAUAUGCAAAUAUUCGAGAACAAGGGAAGUGCCAUGGGCUGCUCCAAUCCACACCCUCACGGCCAGUGUUGGGCAACGACAUCUCUACCUGAGGAACCUAGUCUCGAAAUCCAACACCUGCAAGAGUACCGAACCAAUCAAUCGGGCGCACAUAUGCUCGUCGACUAUGCCAAGCUCGAGAGUGAAACGGGGGAGCGAACAGUUUACGAAAAUGAAAGCUUUUGGGCCGGAUGUCCCUGGUGGGCAACUUGGCCUUUUGAGAUCAUGGUCAUCGCCAAAGCACACAGGCGUGCUCUGGUGGACUUCUCUCAGCGGGAGAAGGAAGAUCUGGCAGAGACCAUUGCCGAGGUCACACGAAGAUACGACAACCUUUUCGAGACAAAUUUCCCUUACAGCAUGGGUCUCCACCAAGCUCCUCUCUCUGGCACCGACGAAGAGAUCGAAGCAUCGCAUUUCCACAUUCACUUCUACCCUCCACUCCUCCGAAGCGCGACUGUGCGGAAGUUCUUGGUUGGCUAUGAGAUGAUGGCCGAGCCGCAACGCGAUAUCACACCGGAGCAGGCUGCGAAAAGACUACGCGAUUGUGGCGGUGAACUGUAUCGGAGGAAGCUCUGA